AUGAAGAUUAUAUUUCUUAAUUUGCUUUUGCUACCUUGCAUUUUAUCAUUGAAUGAAGAAUUAUUACAUUAUGUCAGUGAUGACGUAUCAAGUGGAUCUUAUAAAUAUUAUAGUUUAAUGUAUGAAGGUAUUAUCAAAAUUCAAUUAAUAUCCCAAAGCGGAGAUGCAGAUUUGUAUGCAUCGCAUACAACAACAAAACUAACUUAUGAACCAGAUCACUAUAGUCUGCAAUCUACAACUUGUGGGGAAGAUAUUAUAGUUGUACCAGACAGUUUCAAAAGACCUGUUAGCAUAGGAGUAUAUGGGCAUCCAUCACAUGAAUUAAGUAAAUAUACUUUGUUAGUAUACGAAGUGAUAUCAACGGAUGAAGAUACAACUUAUGAUCAAAAAACAGAGAAUAUUUACAAGGAUAGUGAUAACAAGGUAUAA